CAAAAAUUCGAAUCUGAAGAAACUCAUCGGAGCUUGAUUUUUCUCCGAUUCCAUCUCGUGGCGGCUCCGAAUCGAGAGGAGGAGGAGGGAGGGGUAUGGAUUGGGAGAACGUAGCAGCAGAGGAUGUGAUCGAGGCGCUAAGAGAAGUAGAAUGGUCGACGCCUCCUCGUUCAUUCGGCGAGUUCUUCUCUAGAUUCGCGUUCCCUCGCUCUUUCUCGAAAUGGAAGAGCCGCCUCAAAUGCAAUCUCUACUACUAUCGGACGAAUUACUUUAUCCUGGUCAUCUUCCUUCUUGGUGUUGCUCUGAUCACAAGACCAUUGGCUAUUGUGGGAGCUGCUUUUACUGCCUUAAGCAUUGCUUUCCUUAACGAUAGUUUCGCGGCUACUUUUAGUGAGAAGUUUAUAAGGACGGUUAGGCUUUUCUCUCCGCACUUGGCCGCCAAAAUGAGGCCUCCCCACAUGCCUGUCAUACGUGGGAGAUCGGCUUCAAGAAAGACGGUAUACGUCUGUGGGAAACCACGAUGGGUAUUUGUCGUUAUUUUCCUUACAGCUAGCCUUCUCAUGUGGUUCCCUUCCUGCGGUUUAUUGUGGGUCCUCUAUGCAUUUCUCACUUCCCUCGCCCUGAUCGUUGUUCAUGCAAGCGUGAGAACACCAAAUCUCAAGGCACGCUUAAACACAUUCCGUGAAGAGUUUCGAGCUGUUUGGCGUAACUACAGUGAACUUUAAAAGCCACAAAAGGUCGCUAGCUACUGACUACACAAUCCGAGCAGCUGUCAUGUUUUUUGUCAAGUAAAGGCAUGUAUGUCUCUCGUCGCUUUAAGGGAAUCUAGGUUGUUAAUCUGAAGUGAAUGAAUCACUAUUGUUUUGUCAGAUGAUAGUAGGUACAGCUCUCAGAAUAGAUUCACUUGAAAUACUGGACAUACUUGACCAAGUUACUUCUGAUUACUGUAGUGAUGCUAAUACAUUUUUAGACUUUGUUAGUGAUUUUAUUUCAGAA